AUGGAUGCACAGAGCUACAAAGACCACUGCCUAAUCAUCAUAGGCACUGGAGGCCCAGCUGAUGAGAUUCUCGCUCGCAGAAGGCUGUCUGCUGGAGGUCGGCUGCUGCAUAUUCAAACUCGUGAAGAUGACCGCGUCACCACCUUGACCUUGGAAGACCUUGCCAGCUGCUUCCUCUGGCAGCCACCUCAGGCACCGACCUCGGAGUUUGGAAAGCGCUUGGGUCCAUCCUUCCGCACCUAUUGGAGCAGAACCGGCCCCGACACCGUCGAACUGCUGGAUGGCCAGAGGCUACAGAUUUUCGUGGUCGAGGGCCAGAUGCGACAUGUGCGAAUUCUGAACCGCAACGGCAGUGUGGGAGCAGAGGCUUCGGGGCACGUCGUCCGGAAUCCCGACAUGGACCUGGCAAGUAAGCUAGAUGUCGAUGUUUUCAACCAAGAUCUCAAGGCCUCUGGGACGUUCUCCUUUCGGCAUGUGCUGCUAUCUUCGUUGAUACUUCUGCCUUGGCAUGUAGCCCGUUGGAGCAUCAGUAUCCACUAUGAGCUGCAUGCGCAACCUGAUGAGUUUCCAUGGUGGCGGGGCACGCUGGCCAUGGUCAAUGGUGUCGUUUUUUGCUCCUGGGGACUGUUCGAAACUUGGUCCGUCAGCCUUACAGGGGAGAGGCCAACAUACCUGACAAACAGUGUUGGAGUUCUCCUGGGCACGGCACUUGGCAUUGUGGGAACUCGUGCUCAGGGUGCAGAUUACCUUUUGGCCGUGCUGGGCCUCGCAGGCAUGUUCCUGGGAGGCCCUACUUUGUUGUAUUACCUAACUCAGGACCGCCAUCAUAGCCGCAAGUUUUUUCCCUGUGCGAUGUGGACUCUCGCACUACUGAUGGGAACAGCGGGCGGUUGCAUCCUCCUCUCCGGCAUCGUUGUCCUGUAUGGGCUGCUGCUGCAAGAACAGGUUCUGGUUGCCACCGUUCUUUUGCCGGUCGCCACUGCCGCAGUCGAGAUGGGCACGGUGAUGUUUACCAAAGUGAUGUACAGGCGACUUGUGAUUACAAAGCGGCCAGCGGUGCCCGGUGACACCUCCUACUUGCCUCUUCCGUUCAUGUUGAUCUCGGCCCACUCUUGCUCCGAAGCAGCCCGACUGGUGGCUUCUUUUUCAGGGGCAGUGGCCUCGGGCUCGUUCUCUUGGGUUGGUUCUGCUUGCAUCACGCUGGCCAUGAACAUCUUCGUUCGCUUGGGGUGGAACCGAUACCUUGCGUUCCUUUGCCUGAGAAGGAUCAGCCCCAGCCUGGCCUCCGAAGUUGCACCAAGUGGCUGGUCCAAGCUGCAUGAUGACGUAAAGAUCUAUGCCGGCUACUUCCGCUUCAUCGCAGUCGUAUCCUUGGUGUGUGCCAGAGCGAUCUACUAUGAGGACAUCUCCUUCCAUGGACCCAAGGCUCCCGCCUUCAACUUCUCAGCCGGCUGCUCGAUUCUUGUUCUCUUCCUGCUCGAGCUUCUGGAGGACCAGGUCGUGAUUCGUGAGCUGUUGCCUAUGAGCCCCGUUUCUGCCGAGAUGCUGGACACGAUGACGGCGCGGAGGACUCCUGAUUUCGGGAGGCUUGUCACCAUGGAGUGCCGGCCGAACUAUGAAGAGACCGAGAGCCCGUGGCGUUUGGAGGAGCUGAAUAAGCACGGCGAGCGAAGAGGCUCGGCGUCCAUCGUUCCAGGCAAACCUGUGGAAUUGCUGGACCAGCGCCAUUCACUCGGAGAGAGGAGGUUCUCCUUCCGCUCCAGGUUCCGGCGAUGGCUGGGGCAGGAGAGAAAGGUGAUCCCAGCUCUUACCCUCCAUGGCUUGCGAGAGAUGCCUCUCCCUGCACAGCUCUCUGCCAUGGCGAUCGCUUGCGAAAUCACCGUGACAUACCUGAAUGCUACACUCAGCCCAGGGUUCUCACGAGGCCUUUGCCAGACGCCGCCUGACUUCCAGGAGCUCGUCAUGCUCUGGUGGCCAGUCCCGUUGCAGUGUUGA